AUGUGGAUCAAGUGUCCCAAAACAAAACGGGAGUGGUUUUUAGUGGGUCGACCAAAACAGGAGCGGUCAUCCCCACAUAACCUGGAAAUCAUUUCUCAGAAACAAGUGAAAGAAAAAGAAAAAGAAAGGAAAAGAUUAAAGCGAGAAGAUUUAGAAUAUAGAGGAAAGGAAAAAGAACACCAGAAAGAGGGAAAAAGAAUAAAGCGUGUAAAUAUUGGAUUUAAAGAAAGGGAAAAAGAGCAAGAAAGAGAAAGGAAAAGAUUAAAGCGCAAAAAUUUAGAAUUUAAAGAAAGAGAAAGAGAACAACAAAAGGAGAGAAAAGGAGUAAAGCGUGAAAAUUUAGAAUUUAAAGAAAGGGAAAGAGAACAACAAAAGAAGAGAAAAAGAGUAAAGCGUGAAAAUUUAGAAUUUAAACAGAAAGAAAAUUUUAAUAAGAGGUUGGUAAUAAGAUUAAAACGUAUAGAUAUUAAUUACAAGAAAGUAGAAAAGUUAAAUCAGAGGGAAGCUAAAAGAGUGAAGCGGGAGAACAGUUCAUUUAAAAAAAUAGAAAGAGAAAAGAAUAAAGUUGGUAAACGUCGGGCAAGAUUGAGUGAAUUUUAUCGAUUUAGGGAAAAUUUUGUAAGAACUUUAAAAACUAAAGACGAUAAUAGAUCUAAAGCAAUGUUAGAGUUUAUUAAAAAACGAGGAGAUACGCCUAAUAAUAUAUGUACUUGUUGCGAAACAUUGUGGUUUAGUAAUUCAGUUAUUAAUGUAGCGACUACUAAAUUGAAAGCUAAUCAAGCUUUUGGUGGAGUCUCUGUAUUAGUGGUAAGUGAUUUGCAUCAAUUACCUCCUGUGCAAGAUGUUUUAGUGUUUAAAAAUCCAAGAGUGACAGCUAUAAGUAAUUUAUCUUUUAGCGUGAGGAAUAUGUUCGAAUUUUAUGAAUUGGAUGAAGUUAUGGGGCAAAAAAAUGAAAAACAGUUAAUUAAAGCAUUAAAUAAUUUAGCAAAUAAAGGUAUGGAUAAUGAUGAUGUUAAUCUUAUUAGAAAUAGAUGCGUCAAAGAAUGUGAAGUACCUAUUGAUGCUAUUAGAUUAUUUGCUUCUAAUAGAUUAGUUAAUGAUUAUAAUUUAAUGGGAAUUAAUAAUCAUGAAGGAGAUGAAUUUGUUUCUGAAGCUAAUGAUUAUAUAUUAGCAGAUAUUAUAGAAAAUGAAAAACGUAAACGAUUGGAGUCAUUGAAAAAAAAAUCACUUUCUGAAUUAGGUGGAUUACCAAAUGAGAUUAUUUUUAAGGUAGGAAUUAAAUACAUGCUUACUAAUAACAUUGAUAUUCAAGAUGGAUUGGUAAAUGAUCAGUGGUAUCAAAGAGCAAAUGUUUUAAUUUUUGCUGAAACUCGAUUAAAAGAAAACGAUAAAGUUGAAAUUCCUUGCUUUGAAGAAAUAUUUCGUUCUAAACAUUCUGAAAAUGUUGAAUUAAGAGGAAUUGUUGUUUUUGUGAAAAAUGAUUUAAAUAAGUAUUAA